UAAUAAAACUGCAGCGUUUGACUAUUAUGGACCGAUUUCAUGCUUAAAAUAUUAUACGAGGCAUGAUGAGGGCGAGGGGUCAGCUACUUAAAAUGGAUUUAUGCUAAUGUGUAAAUAGAGAGGAACUUCAAUAGGAUUCAGAUGUAAAAACGUGUGUGUUGUGGAUUCACAUCACCUGUGCUAAAUUAAUAACCCCGUCAUCCUGUGGGUGACAGGUAGCUUUUAUUAGACGGGGGGAAAUUCUAAAAUCCUUAUUACACUUUUACCUCACGGAGACAUGUGCAAUUAAGGAAAUAAUCGAAAUGUGUGUCAAAAAAUAGAUAAUUAUUUUUAUGCAAAUUUAUUAUGAAGUUUUUUCUUUUCUUCUAAAUUUACAGAUGAGGCGAUACUACUAGAUGAAGAUAAACUUUGUGAUCGCUUGACGGACAAACUUUUAUUCUGUGAUUUCAAACAUGGCUUUAGCAGUGUUGAGGCAAAAGCAAUCUCCAAAGCGAUCCACCAAAACCAACAAAGCGGUUGCUCUUGCAAACGCUGCAAAUAUCACAACAAAUGAACUUAACAUGAGAGAUGCUAAUGGGAGGACAGUUCUGUUUUAUGCAGCUCGUUAUGGAAAAAUCCAAGCUGUCAAAAAUUUACUAAAUGCAGGCAGUAAUCCAAAUAUUUCAGAUGUUGAUGGAAGCACACCUCUUCACGAAGCUACCGAACGAUGUCAUUAUGACGUCAUGAAAUUACUUAUUAGCAAUGGAGAAACACAACUAAACGCCAAGAACAGACACGGGCAGACCGCGGUCAUGAAGGCGGUUCUUUAUGACGACCUGGAUUCGGUCAAAUUGCUUCACAAAGCAGGUGCUUUAUUGGACGAACAGGAUUCCACGGGGAAAACAGCGCUUUUAAUUGCAUUUGGAGAAGGACGUGAACGAACCAUAGAAUACCUCAUCAAAAACGGAUGUGACAUCAAUAAGAGAGAUAAACUAGGUCAAUCGGCCCUCUAUCUCGGAAUGUUCUCCUCAAGUGAAGCAUCCUCCGAAAAUAUACGAAAACUCCUCAGAGCGGGGUAUUUAUUGGAAAAAGACCGCCACUGGUUGGACAAAGCCGGAGUUGACGUCGAGUCAUUACGUCAUCGAAACCUUUUUCAAAGAAUUAUCUCCCGUAUACGAAUUGGCGGAACAGGAUCUGGGCGGCGCCACAGUGAAGGAUUCUCAGGUACUCGAAGUCUGCGAAGUCAUGAUGUGGAACCACAUCCGCGGUUUGAAAAUAGGAGCAAUUCUUGUAACCUGUAAAAUACAGUAAAUACUUUCAAGGUCAUACCGUGAUCAUUACUCAUUUGGAUGGAUAUUGAAAAUGUGUCAGUAAAAGUUAAAAAAAAUUGCAACAUCAUGAAACGCAAUCUGCAAUGCAACAUAUAUGUGUAAAAAGAUACCACCACAAACAGUUCUUUGUACAAUGUCGCGAAACGAUCGCCAUCGGAAGUUUUAAUUAUUAUUAGACAAACCCUCAAGACGAUGUUUAGGAGAUUGUAGUGCAGUCGAUUUGAAAAACAGAACAUACUUGCCAAGUUACACUGUGUCUCGUUGUGAAAUCUAUGUUUUAGUGCUAUUAGCCUAUUACUAUUAUAUAGUAUAAUUUAGGUGUGUAUAGUGAUAUUGUUUUUACUCAUGUGUUUUAUAUUUACAAGUUUUUUGUAUAUAAUUAAAAUUGUUUGAUUGAA